AUGUUACAUGUUGCUUUUCACCAUUUCCAUAUGUUGAAGCUGUUUCUAUUCAUCCUUUUGACGUGCUGGGUGAGAUCAGAUACAGAACAAAAAUGUGAAGAGUUCACAGAUCUUAGCAUACACAAUGCUUUAGCUGGGACAGAUCUAAAAGUGAAACUGCUCUUGUACACAAGGACAAACCAAAACUGUUCCGAGAGUCUCAGUGAAUAUAAUACAACAGCAUCUACAUAUCUGGAUGUGACCAAGAAAACUGUCUUUGUAGUCCAUGGCUUCAGACUAACAGGCUCUACACCAAUAUGGCUGAAUGACAUAAAAGAACUUCUGCUGUCUUUAGAGGACGUUAACCUCAUUAUAGUAGAUUGGAACAGGGGUGCUACAACUAUAAUUUAUCCUAAUGCUGUCCACAACAGCAGAGGAGUUGCAGAAAUCUUGAAGAAAUACAUUGACCAGAUGUUGGCAGUUGGAGCUUCUCUUGACUCUAUUUAUAUGAUUGGAGUUAGCCUUGGGGCUCAUAUAGCUGGAUUUGUUGGAGAGAUGUAUAACGGUAAACUUGGCAGAAUUACAGGUCUUGACCCAGCUGGCCCUUUAUUCAGUGGGAAACCACCAAGUGAGAGAUUGGAUCAUACAGAUGCACAGUUUGUUGAUGUCAUUCAUACUGAUAUGGAUGUUUUCGGCUACAGGAAACCGUUAGGAAAUAUUGAUUUCUAUCCAAAUGGAGGAGAAGAUCAGCCUGGCUGUCCACAAACACCGUUUAGUGGAUCUCAGUUUGUUAAAUGUGACCAUCAGAGAUCUGUUUUAUUGUUCCUGUCAUCCCUGAGAGGGAGUUGCAACAUAACAACAUACCCUUGUGAUUCAUACUUGGAUUAUAAGAAUGGAAAAUGUGCCAACUGUGAAGCUUUUCAACCAAUGCCUUGUCCAGUACUGGGUUAUUUUGCUGAUAAAUGGAAAAACUAUUUAAUCCAAAAAGACCCUCUCGAGACAAAGGCUUAUUUUGAUACCUCAGGCCAAGAACCGUUCUGCAUGUAUUACUACUUUGUGGAUUUUAUUACUUGGAACAAAAGCAUUAGGAGAGGUUUCAUUAGAAUUAAAAUAACAGACAAUGCUGGAAACACAACAGAAUCAAAAAUGAAUAGUGAAGCUACUACAUUUCAGCAGUAUAGACAAGCCAGUAUCUUUGUUGGAUUUUAUGAGGAUUUUGACAAAAUAUCAAGAAUUUCCUUGACUUAUUCUACAAGGACUCUAAUUGGCCCAAGAUAUAAGCUCAGGAUUCUCCGAAUGAGGCUAAGAUCUAUUACAAAUCCAGCAAGGCUGCAGAUGUGCAGAUAUGAUUUUGUACUUCUGGAAAACAUCGAAACCACCUUCAAGCCUAUUCCAUGCCAAGAGAGGAACAAGUAA